UCUGGUGGAGGAGUGAGACAACCAAGCACUCUUCUAGCCAAGCUGUAGCUGCAAGAGCUUUUCCAUUUAUGGCACCUGCCCACAGUAUUUUCUUUAACAGGGUUAAGCGGUUCAACAACUUCCGUGUGAACAGAAUUACUAAAGAAGUGAAGACAACCACAUCCACCUGUUCUGUUCUGCAACAUUAUGACUGCAAUGUCCUGCUUUUAAAAUGGGUUCUUCAGAGAAUAGGAAGUAAACGGAUAAGGCAAGCAGACCGCUUCUUGGUUCAGACAAAGCAUACAAAAUAGGCACCCUCUUAUCUAAAUCACAGUCCAGCAUGGCUGGGGAGGAAAUUGAACAGAAUCUCAGCAUGUGGUACCAUUUAAUACUAUGGUUAGUUGUCAUCUUUUUUUGGUGGAAAUGGAGAGAUGGGGAGAAUUUAGAUGAUACGGAUCCUCAAGGGAAAUACAUAUUCAUCACUGGUUGUGACUCUGGAUUUGGAAAACUGGCAGCUAUAACCUUUGAUAGGCGAGGAUUCCAAGUGAUUGCUGGUUGCCUGACUGAAAGGGGAGCAAAGGAACUGAAAGAAGAGACCUCUGAUAACCUCCUGACGGUGUUGCUGGAUGUGACAAACUCAGACAACAUCAAGCAAGCGGCAGAACAAGUUAAGAAGGAAGUAGGAGAACGUGGUCUCUGGGGCCUCAUCAACAAUGCUGGAGUCAUGGGAGCAUCAGCACCAACGGAUUGGCUGAAGAUUGAGCAUUUUAGAGUGCCCAUUGAAGUCAACCUGAUUGGCCUCAUAAACGUUACAUUACACAUGCUUCCAUUGGUGAAGAAAGCCAAAGGAAGAAUAGUAAAUGUAACCAGCAUUGGCGGUGUUUUGGCAAUAUGCUCAGGUGGUUAUUGUCCAUCCAAAUAUGGAGCAGAAGCAUUUACCAACAAUUUAAGACAGGACAUGAAGCCCUUUGGAGUGAAAGUGUCUAGUAUUCAGCCUGGCUUGUUCAAAACAGGGCUCUCUGAUAGAGUCCGGAUCAUAAAGGAAAAAUUGGCCAUUUGGAAUAGCCUUCCUCCCAAUGUCCAACAGCAGUAUGGCGAACAUUAUCUCAAGGAAGAUGCAAUAAAGAAAGAAAAAUUAGUUAAAAUGUGCCAGAAUUCAAACCUCUCACUGGUCGUGAAGUGCAUGGAACAUGCCUUAAUAAGCAAAUAUCCACAGACUCAUUACACUGCAGGCAUGGAUGCUAAAAUUCUUUGGAUCCCUCUCUCAAGGAUGCCGGUCUAUGUGCAGGACUUUGUACUCAUGAAGAACAAAGUUAAGCUAGUUAAUCCAAAUGCAGAAUGAGAUCUCCUCCUUUGUGUACUGGCGUCUCCUAGGGAGCCUCAACCAGUUGGCUCAGGACAAGAACUGGCUAUACUGUGGCCAUUGUUUGUUAACCAGUUCAAAGUACCAGUUCGUGUUCAUGCUUCGAAAGCUGUGCUUGCUUAAAUAAUGAAGAUAAACACUCCAGUAUUCAGGCAAACAAGAAUCCAGUAGUGUGGGCAAUACCAUUUCUUGCUGACAUUAAGACAACAAUAUGGUUUGCAUUGUCUGAUUGUUGUUAAGGCUGAUGUAGCAUUUGCUGGCAAAAAAUGCACGUUAGGCAAUUAAUCAGUCAAAACUUAGAGAACUUGCAACUUCUGG